AUGAACCGAGAUAUGAAGAUGGGAAACGAGCCCGUCAUGGCCGACAACGACAAGAACUGCCGCUUCGAAGGCUACUUUACCUAUCGACCUCUCUCCAACCUACCCACACCACCACCGAGCUCCCGUAACUCGUCCGCAGCCCAGUCACCACGAACAACUCUUGAUGAUGGAGAGCCAUUGAUGCCUCGAUUCCGAGGCCCGGCUAUACACCUUGUCAACCUUAUUCCAUCAUCUGCUUCACUGGCCACGGCCUCGGUCCCUCUCGUCCAGGCCAUCUUGAGCCGAGCCAAUCUCCCGAUUGAGACCGUGGCUCUUGCAGUAUGCAUCCUCGACAGCCUCGAUUCUCGAUUCGCCCGCCGCUGGCGCCUCUCAUGCCCUCUGCUGUCCGACUACUUCUCUCCUACGUCUAAGCGACACACCCUUCCUCCCACGCCCAUCAUGCCUCAGCGACAACAGUUACACAUCGACUCAGUCAAUCCAGAGAUCAUCAUCCUAGCGGCUCUCGUCAUUGCCGUCAAGUUUACGGAGGACCCCCAGGAUGCUUCUCAGUACUAUUGCAAGGCAUGGGGUCAUGGCAUGUGGUCUCACCAGCAGCUCAAUGCCACUGAACGAUGCAUCAUGGAGAAUCUCAACUACCGCAUCAUGCCUCUCUGCGAAGAAGAUUGCCUGACAGAUGCCAUGGUUGACAUGCAACUCGCAGCUCAGCAGCCUGAGUGGGAGCUCAAUGAGUACAUGCCCAUGGACAGCGAUGAGGAGAGUGACGAUAGCACAAACAUCAACCACUACGUACCGAGUCACUCUCGCUCCAAGACACUCGGCUCAGGAUCGGCAGUCUUGGGAUUGGGCCUAUCUCUUACUCCAGUCGAUACUCCGACAGCCGAGGCCAGUCAGGCGACUACCCCGCAACCUUCGAGGCUUUGCAACGACUACUUCAACCAUUUCCAGGCUCGAGAGCAUUAA